AGUGAAGAGGGGGGAUUUGUUUCACCGCCUCCCCAACUGUCUCCUUCACCCUUCCUGCCUCUCCACCACCUCUUGUUCCCUUUGCCUCCUCCACCUCUUCCUUGUCCACUCCUGCUCACAGUGUUCCUCUCCGUUCAGGUGAGGGGGAAAUGCUCAACAGAAGACGAUCGGCGAAGUCCUCUUCCUCGGAGAAUGAAGACCAGCUUGCGAGUACUCCGGGCAGGAAGUUUGGCCGGGUCCCGUUGCAGGACGUGCUGCUGCAGUGCAGCGCUCAGCGGGACAUGCAGAGAUCCAGCAGCAAGGCCCAGUGCAUGGGGGUGCCAUCGAGCAACCUGACUCCGCUGCUGUGCAAGCUGAAACUGGAGGAUGCCUACCGGCCCGCCCCGUCACUAGUUUUUGACAAUCUCUGCAAGCACAUCUUUGUGGAUGGUGUGUCUUCACCGGCGACGCAGGCAUCCUCCAGACCAGGGGUCCGCGGGAAGAGGAGCCUGCCGGUCACUGGAACAGCUGAGCCUGCUGGCGGUGGGGCGGUGAGAGAAGAUGAUGAACGGAUCCGUGGAGCAGACGCCCCUCCUGUGAAUGCGGGGGAGUUGGUCAUUGCCGAGGCACAGGAGGAUCCCGAGCUGUCGGUCAGCGGGGCUGCCAAUGCAAGGGCGUCCGCGCCCGCCGAAGCUGCAGCUGGACAGUCCGCAGGGUCUCCCCAGGCCUCGCUGGUUGGUGUGAGCUCGCCAGAGUCCACACCUUCUGGCACCGGGUCCAUGGCCGAGAGGCAGGGUGGCAGCAGCCCCGGUGUGAGGGCAGGUCAGGGCACCCAGGUGGAGUGUCAGGAUCCCCUUGGUGGGGAUCCGGGGACAUCUGAACCGGCAAGAGAGGAAGGGGAGGCCGGGGAGAGAGAGCACGCGCCCACGGGGGCAGAAGUAGUGAAGGUGGGGAAGAGGAAGAGACUUUCCAUGGCUGAGGAAGUGGAGGAGUGGGCACAUCUCUCGGCCAUUGUAGAGGGGGAGUCCGUGGCUGGAGACGUAGUAGGGGGGCCAGAGGCUGAAGAGGGGGUGAAGGCUAGUGAGGGGCAAGAGCGGGUACAGUUGCCAUUGGCGGGAGAACGGCUGUCAAUAGAAAGCGCGUGGGAGAAUCAGAUGCCAGAUGCCAGAGACUCUAAGGACAUUGUGGAGGGGGUCCUCGAUUGGGGCGGGGAGCAGGAGGCCCUGGCUGGGGACAGUGGGGAGGAGGUUCCUUCUGAUGAGAGGGGGCAGGGGGUCCCAGCUGAGGGGCAACCUGUCCAGGCUGUGGAUGAUGGGGCAGGGGUCCCAGCUGGGGUUGUGACAGAUCAGGUCCUGACUGGGGCGUGGGUCCUAGCUGGGGACAGCGAUGAGGGGGUCCCGACUGGGAAGAAAAUCCUAACUGGGGACGGAGAUGAGGGGGUAACGACUGGGGAGAGGGUCCCAGCUGGGGAUGGAAAUGAGGUAAUCCUGACCAGGGAGAGGGUCCUUACUGAGGAUGUAGAUGAGGUAGCCCUGGCUGGAGAGGGACACCGAGCUGGAGAUGGGGAGGAGCAGUCCUGGGGGGAGGGUUUGUCAGGGGGUAUGGGAGGUCCAGUGGAAAUCCCUGCACUGGCCGCAGGAGGAGAUGCCACCCCUCUUUGUGCCGUGGGCUGUGACCUGCGGCAGACCCGGAUCAUCAGCGGAGGGCAGCGGGCAUUGCUCCCUGAGCCGGUGGUGCAGGUCGACAUGGGCACCAGCCCGCUGGAAGCGGUGCAGUCAUGCGCCCUGGCCUGCCUCAUCCACCCGGGGAGCAGUCAAACCCCCGCGGACACCUGGCGGCUGCUGGCGGCAGAAAUUGGUGUGAGGCGCGUCACUUGCCGUGAGGUCAGCACGGCGGUCACUCCCGUGGGAUCGCACUGUGCCAUGACCUGCAUGACCCCCGUCUGCUUUGCCGACAAGGACGUCAACACCUCUGUGAUGGAGGAUGUACGAUGCGCAGUGACCGACAGCGCCGUGGUCACGGACCCGCUGCUCUGGAACUUUUCCCGCAAGGAUUUGGAGUCUGUUCCCCGGGACCAGUUGGAACGCCGUCUGGAGACGGCCCUGACGGUGAACGAGGUUCUGUCCAGCCAGCUGAGCGAGCUGUGGAAGAGCAAGGGGCUGCACCUUGGUGUGGGGCCAGCUGAUCAGAGGGAGGCCUUCACCCAGACCAGCAGUACCCAGGCACUCGAGGUGGAGCAGCUGUACCUGGCGCAGACUAGCAGGGUGCGGGAGCAGGAGCUCAGCGUGGAGCUGUACCAGCAGCUGCAGGCAGCCCUCGCUGACACUGGGGGGCAGCAGAGCUUGCUGCUCAGGGAGGUGGAGGAUGGGCUGCGUGCUGCUGAUGGAACCUGUGAACAGAUGCAGAGGGAGCGGGCCAGGAUGUCGCAGCAGCUGGAGGACGCCAGGCAGCUGGCCCGGCAGAGCACCAGAACACUGCAGGCCACGGGCCGGGCAACGUCAAAAGCCCUGGAGGAGGCGGCAGCAAUGAAGGAGCAAGUCGCCGAGGCGGAGUGGAAGCAGGCAAACAUGCAGCAGGAGUUGGAGCAUUGUACUGACAGACUGCGCGAAGCGUUGGCCAUGGGGAAACAGCUGAGCAGCGAGAAACUGCAGCUCAAAUCUGACCUGGAAACCAUGAACCAUCAGCUGGCUGGAGCAGAGGCCGAGCGGGAGAAGCUGAUGAAGGACAACGGCCGAUACUUUGUGGAGCUGGCGACGGCGGAGGCCUCGCGGAAACUCUCGGAGGCGGCUCUGGCCGAGAGCACGGAGCGGUUGCAGGCCUGCGAGGUGCAGAACAAGGAGAUGGUGGACUCGCUGCUGGAGAACGUGCAGAGUCUGAAGGAGGAUGUGAACAAGCUGCUGAAGGAGAAGGGAGGGUUAGAGAGGGCCGCUUCCGAAGCCCAGGGCCGAGUCCUCAGCCUGACGCGAGCUCUGCAGGCGAAGGAUGUGGCGUUGCAGGAGCUCUCCGACAUCCGGGCCCAGGCUGCCCUCAUCUCCGACAACUUCGAGUUCAUGGAGCAGGAGGUGAAGAUGUCCCGGGAGCAGCUGUCGGAGACGGAGGGGCAGCUCAGCGAGCAGAUCCGCAGCCUACACCAUCGUAACCUGCAGUGUGAGGAGCUGCGGACUCGGUGUGACCGCCUGCGUUCGGAGCUGGACAUGGUUAAGAAGGAUGCACGAGAGAUGCUGAUGGAGAUGGGGGAGCAGAUGAACCAGGCCAUCGUCGAGAUCAUGGAAAUGGAUGGUCAAAUGCAGAACGCCACCAGGUCGGCUGAGACCACUCUGAAGAUUUGGCAGCAGGAUCUUCCCAAGACCGUUGCUGAAGUCAAGGCAGAACCACCGGUCGCAGCUGAGCAGACAAGCGACCAGGCUGCUGAGACAGGGGAGAUGACUCGGGCUGGCAACGAACGUAAGGAGGCGGCCACGAGUGACAUCAGGAGUGAGCAGAGUGCCUUUGCUCCAAUUAAACCAACGGGCACAGACAUAGCAGCAGACAUGGAGGACACCCUGCAACAGCGGGUGUGCAGGCUGCACCGGGCGCUGGGGAAGCUGCUGGCCGUCCGCACGCAGGCCGAGAGCGUAAUGAAGCUGCAGGUGCAGGAGCUGCAGCGGGAGAUCUCGGUGGGGCGAGAGCAGCAGGAGGCCAAGAGCAACAAGAAGCAGCUGGAGCUGCACAGCCUGCAGAGCAGGGUUGGCGAGCUGGAGGCGGAGAACCGGCAGCUGGCACGGGAGCUCCAGGCACACGCCAAGACUAAAUGUGAACUGGAGCAAGCCUUGGAGAGUCAGAAUGAGACCAUCUUCGAAUUUAACAAGCUGUUGGAUUCCAAUCUCGAGGAACACUCGCAAUUUCUGGCGAUGAAGCAGCAGGUGACUGAUAUGAAGCGGCAGCUGCAGCAGGUGGAGACGGAGGCCAGCACCUACCGCGAGGAGUUUGCCAAACUCCAGGGCCCCGGGGACUCUCUGGGCAAGGACUGGCUUCAGGAGAAGGUGGAUCUCCAGCAGCAGGUGCGGAAGUUGCGAGGGGCUUACUUGCAGAAGGACGGCGAGAUCCAGCAGCUGAAGGAGAAGAUGUUCAGACAUAGAGCCAUCCUGGAGGAGAACAAUCAGAAAGCAGAGGCCGAGGUGCGCAAGCUGGACAACCUGAUAGAGCACAUCAGACGAACUCUCCAUUCGAUACCUGAAGUGGUGGGCAGCUCAGCGGAGUUGAAGUGUCUCCUGCAGUGCCUUGGAGAUGAUCUGGCAACAUAGUGUGUCACGGGGCAAAUGUGUCCCCUUCUCUCUCGCUGGAGGAGGAAAGGGCUGUUGUGAGGUGUGGGCUUCUGGUUGAUUCACAGUAGGAUUUGCGUCUCCAGCAACAGAUUUGUGUCUCCAGUUUAAAAGCCCAGGGUUUCUUAUUUGUACAGAAGACCAGAGAGUGCAGC